AUGGCCGACCCAUUAAGCAUCUCCGCCUCGAUCCUCGCAAUAGUCACCGCUUCAGUGGUGUCGGUCAAGUCCCUCAAAGAGACGGUCGAGCGUUACAGAGGUCGGGACGAAACCCUUCGUCGGCUCAUUGGUCAGCUUGAGGACCUCGUUAGUAUUUUGGACACUCUUGAGAAGAUUUCGCAGGUUGAAGCGUCCAUGCUUGCCCUCCUGAAGGGUCCUGUCGAGCGAUGUAGGCAGUUGUGCCAGGCUUUUGAGGUGGUUAUGAAAGACUUCGUCGGGAAGUCGUCCACAGGUUUCCGAGACUGGGCGAAACUGGAAUUCAUGAAGGGAGACAUCAACGAAUUCAUGAGAACUCUUUCCGGGUACAAAUCGACGAUUUCAAUCGGGCUGGGAACCAUUACGUUCGAGAUGGUUCAAGAUACCACAUAUAACCUCAAUGUUCAGCUGCAACGCAUCAACGAGAAGAUGGAGCGGUUUCCUUCGGAGGAGCCAGACACCACCAGAUUGGACUUGAGAGAUGAAAGCACAGUUAUCAAGCACUGCAUUGGUAUCUGCGAGGAAGCGAUGUCCCGUAUUGGAUCAAUGAUCGACCGUGAAAGACUCGUGUAUUCAGCCGCACUCUCAGAACAGGCCACGGCAGACGCUACCUCAACCCAUCCUAAGCUUUUCCAGGCUCACGAGGAGACCCGUGAAAUGCUAGAGAACAAUCGUGACAGCAUUGCCAAAUUCCUCGGGCGGCUGCAAGAACGGCUUAGCUCUCUGGCAAUGGAACAACACCCUGACUCAGAGCGAAGGAAAAUGCAGUUAGAGAAAGACAUCAGAGCUUUGGAAGACAGUCUAGAGGUGUGCAGAAUCGCCAGUACCGAGGUGAGCCAUCAAAGGGUACACACGUUCGGGGAAGUCGUCGCCGAAGGUAAAAGCGAUCAGGUCGUGGUCACGACUUUGGCAGACCUUUUCAACGUUGGGAAGGCGAUAGCCAAGGACAACUCAGGGCAGCUCAUCGGCUCGAUGGCUGGUGUCGAGCUAAUUCAGCUGUCCAAGGAUCGGUACAGCAACCUGCGUUUUAGUGCUGCCGAUACGUCGCGAGUUAACCUCAUGCCUCCACUCACGAAGAAUAGUGAACUUCGUGUUCCUGGCCAAGAGGUGAACGACCAACAGCCGGAGCCGAGGGUGAGCUCUUCUAAAGCGCUUCCCAACGAGACGAAGAAGCGGACCCUUUAAUGCCACUCUCGAACGCAAGGCCAUUGGGGGGUGGAAUUUAGCAAAACUCCUAAUGCACGGUCCAUUAUAUUCCCUUGUCUCAAAGAGGACUCACUACCAGCCAAUCUUUCAUAGAGCCUAUACAACCCGGACUUCUUAUUUUUAUAUCA